AAACUUUUCCUCGGAACUCAUGAUGCCUCGCAAGGAGCUCGGGCGCCCAUUAAAGAAGCCCCGUACAGACGCGGCCGCACCCAAACUCUCCGCUAGCCGUGUCAAAAGGUCUCCGGCUCCCCAGAAGUCGAAGACAAGCCAGGGCAAGGAAAAGGCGGCUGAAAAGACGACGGAAGCGACUCCGCCGCCUGCAAAGAAACGAAAAACAGCCCCUAGGAAGGCCGAAGCACCUCUUCCUUCAAGUUUCAAAAUCGUGGCAGGAUCGUACGAGAAACUACUGUAUGGGCUCGAAGGAACUAUCUCCUGCGAGGAAGGAUCAUCUAUCCCGACAUACAAUCUCGAACCGAUAUUCAUUUUCCCUGCUCAUGUAUCAUGCAUCAAGGUAGUUGCUGCUUCGCCGCAUGGUGGAAAAUGGCUGGCUACUGGCAGUGCGGACGAGAUCAUCAAAGUCUGGGACUUGCGGCGGCGGAAGGAAAUCGGAGGGUUGAUGCAUCAUGAAGGCUCGAUCACACAUCUGACUUUCCCGUCCCGCUCCCACCUUUUGUCCGCUUCGGAAGAUGGCACAUUGUGCUUGUUUCGGGCGCGCGACUGGUCGGUUUUGCGCACGCUUCGCGGGCACAAAGCACGAGUCAAUUCCGUCGCAGUGCAUCCGUCUGGGAAGGUUGCGUUGAGCGUAGGGAAGGAUCGCGCGUUACGAAUGUGGGAUCUAAUGAGGGGAAAGGGAGUGGCCAGCACCAAGCUAGGCAAAGAGGGCGAAGUCGUUCAAUGGUCGACCGACGGCACUCUGUUUGUAGUCCAAUCGGCCGCAAUACUGGACAUCUACACCACAGAUAUGAUCCUCAUCCACACAAUAACACAUCCAUCACGAAUCCACGAUGUGAAAUUCUGUCGAAGAGUCGAGGGCGAAGGCGACAUCCUGCUUGUCGGCGCCGAGGACAAGAAGUUGACAAUCUACGAUGUUUCAAGUGACCCAGAGAAGCCCCCGCAGAAGGUCACAGCAUUGGUCGGGCACGCUAAUCGCGUCAAGACAUUUCAAACGCUGUCUGUAGCGCUCCCUUCUUCUUCACCAAGGAAAUCGACGACCAUUGUUGCAACCGCGUCGUCAGACGGAAACAUCCACGUAUAUGACCUCGCAGCCCUACCCUCUGCAGAGGGUAAGUCUGUGGCCGAGAUGUCUCCCGUAGCGAGAUAUGAUACAAAAGGCACACGAUUGACGUGUGUCACUCUGGCCGAUGGAGAGAUCACUCAACCAGUGGUCAACGGCAAGCGGAAACGAGAAGAUGCAGAUCAAGAUGGCCAGUCAGGUGAUGAAGAGGAGGAGGAUGUCGAUGAGUGGGAAGAAGAGGUCGAGGGCGAAGAAGAGAUGGAGAGCGAGUGAUAGAUAGUCUGAUAGAUGGAUUGCGCAUGGCGGGGAAUAUCAUCCUAGUUUUUUCCGCAAGUAGAGGUCAGUUGUUGUGGAAACGACAGUCGUGAACGACGGUUGACGUGUCGACAUUACUACAUCCCACGGUCUUUCCGGCCCUGAUGAUUGAACAGACGACGACGGAGGACGGAGACAACAUCCGUCUCACGUCCAUAUGCGUUAAAUCACAGACUGACAACGCUUCACAAGUGAAGACCACAGUUUGAAGCUGAUGGAGGCAGGAUCUGUAUCCCUUUGAAGCCAAAUUGUUUCUCGGCAGUGAUAAGGUCCGAUAUGUAGACUGUUCUACGGGAAGCAAAGCUUGUGGCAGGAUCACGCGAGGUGUUGUUGUUCGUAUGGAUCAGAUGGUGGGACAGGUUGAAAUACUGAGUUCUAAAUGCGGACAGGUUCACUUCACUCCCUUUUCUCACCCCACCACCAACUUGUCCAUCCGCCGCCAUGUCCUACAGUCUCUUCUUCUCCGCUGGCCUUCAGGCCACCGCUGCCUCGAUCUAUAGCUACUCCCAUCCUGCCCACGAGCAUGAUCACGACAACGAGUUCGACCCCAAAGCACCACAGUCUCCCACCUUGGCUGACCGUGUCUAUUUCGCCGAUGCUUCGCGAUACCGCUCCAAUUCUACUUCGUCUCAAACGCUCGGGCAGAAUAAACCUGAGCGCAAGCGACGCUCCAGCAUCACUGCCGCCGCAUCUCCCGUCUCCGCAGUCAAGUUGGCCAAGUCGCCGGCACGCGCUGCAGGAAACGCGUGGCACGCACAUGUUGCCGCCUCCCCCAGUCGGUCGAGGAGUGGAAGCAUGAAUAUUGCAAGCGACGACACGAGCAUGCUCGGACGCAUGCGCAGUGGCAGCAUCGGCACCACCAGGUUUGUUUCACGACUGGUUUCAGCUCCACAGUCUCAUUCGGCUCCAGGCUUCCUCCGCGCGCGAAGAAGCCCAUGACAUCGAAGCGUCCCGUUGCUCUGCUUUUUGCGCCCACGCCCGCACCGACGACUCCGCUUCCCGCCCUGCCUUUCUCAACCCCUCAUUCCCAGUCGUCUUUGGCCUUGCUGCAACUCUCGCUACCCCCAGCAGGCGAUGUUUUCUAUUCCUCAUCAGCAGGAAAACCGCUGGCCUCGCCCGUGCCGUCCUCGCCUGGCAUAUAUAACGCCGUUUGGCCCGGCUUCGAUGCCAUCCAGGAGGAUCCCGGUACGCAAGACUGAAUUCGUCACCUCGGCACCUUUUCCUUUCCUUACGAUACGAAAAAUUGCAAACAAUGAUCGCACAGUCGAACUGUUGUUGUACCACUUCCCCCUCCGAUCCAAACGUCCUAAAAAAUUCGACCCUCGGUCAUUUUUUUUGUAACUGUUCCCGCGCUUGUUGCCAACUACCCACGUCCUUUACCAUAUCUACCUGCUGCUUAUUAUAUCGUAUCAUCACUCUUUAUAUAUCUUACUCUCUUUCCCUCUCUACUCUCUUUCUACUCACUUCACGUACCUGGGCGUACCGAGCUCCGAGCUCAUUCACCGCUUUAUGUAUGUUUCGUAGUUUGUAAUGGCCCUGUCCAGUCUAUGACACCUUGGUCGAGCUUGACUCGUUUGUGCGCACCAGGCGGAUCAUUCAGCUCUUUGAGAGCAUAGAACUUGUUGCUCAGGAUAUUUUUCCUUGAGAACUCAGUAGCGUCUGCAGCAGAAAUUCCGAAGUACAAUGAUCUGUUACAGUCAUCAGCCGGUCACUGUCACAUGCAAUGAAUUCGCUGUUUCUGCCAGCAAC